AUGAAGAGCAUUAUAUUCAAGAUUGCCAUGUACUAUCUUUUAAAGGCUGCUUGCACCGAUACUACGACUGGUCAAAACACAAACCCAAGCACAACUACAGAUAAUGAAGGCACUGAAGAAGUACCAAAGCCUGAGGAAGAAGUGAAUUCCGAGACUAAUAGCACAGAAGACCAUCAGGUCAGUACACUUGAGAAUACUAAUGGGUUCAAGGCCUCAGAGACGAAGACUGAGAUCAAGAAGAUGAAUCCCAACUUGUCGCCAGCACUAUCAACAACUGUCUUUGUUGACCGUAAUAGGAUUGACCAAGCACCUGCUCCUAUCAUCAGUUUAUUUAACCAACAAGUAAACAUGACACCAGAUUCAAACACAAACUACUUUGUUGUAAACGGAGAGAAUCUAGUCGAGGAUUAUGGUCCAAAUAGUGACAGUGUUAACCAACCAACCACAGAAGGUGAAGAGAACAGCACCACACCGUCUGAAAAUGAAAGCACAGAUAACAGCCAGUCUACAGGUCAAGAGAGUGGCAGCACUACGCCAAAUACUGAUCAAAAACAGAAUGGUGAGACUCCAAGUACAGAAGCACCUGGAGCAGCACUCCGCUCUCGUGGUUUUUUAAUUAAGAAGGCAGGCAAGGCUCGUUAA